CUUCGCCGCCGCCGCAGCCGCCGCAGCCGCAGCCGCAGCGGACACCGAGCAGGUAGAUGGCCCCCCAAGGGCAAGCCCUGCGGACACCCCUCCCUCCGGCUGGCGGAUGCAGUGCCUAGGCUGCUCUUAAGGACGAAACCAACAUGAGUGGGGGAGGGGAGCAGGCCGACAUCCUGCCGGCCAACUACGUGGUCAAAGAUCGCUGGAAGGUGCUCAAAAAGAUCGGGGGCGGGGGCUUUGGUGAGAUCUACGAGGCCAUGGACCUGCUGACCAGGGAGAAUGUGGCCCUCAAGGUGGAAUCAGCCCAACAGCCUAAGCAGGUCCUCAAGAUGGAGGUGGCCGUGCUCAAAAAACUCCAAGGGAAGGACCACGUGUGCAGGUUCAUUGGCUGCGGCAGGAACGAGAAGUUCAACUACGUGGUGAUGCAGCUCCAGGGGCGGAACCUGGCCGACCUGCGCCGCAGCCAGCCGAGGGGCACCUUCACACUGAGCACCACGCUGCGGCUGGGCAAGCAGAUCCUGGAGUCCAUCGAAGCCAUCCACUCCGUGGGCUUUCUGCACCGCGACAUCAAGCCGUCCAACUUUGCCAUGGGCCGGCUGCCGUCCACCUACCGGAAGUGCUACAUGUUGGACUUCGGGCUGGCCCGGCAGUACACGAACACCACGGGGGACGUCCGGCCUCCUCGGAAUGUGGCCGGGUUCCGGGGGACCGUCCGCUACGCCUCGGUCAAUGCCCACAAGAACCGGGAGAUGGGCCGCCAUGAUGACCUGUGGUCCCUCUUCUACAUGCUGGUGGAGUUUGCGGUGGGCCAGCUGCCCUGGAGGAAGAUCAAGGACAAGGAGCAGGUGGGCAUGAUCAAGGAGAAGUACGAACACCGGGUGCUGCUGAAGCACAUGCCGUCGGGAUUCCACCUCUUCCUGGACCACAUCGCCAGCCUCGACUACUUCACCAAGCCUGACUACCAGUUGAUCAUGUCGGUGUUUGAGAACAGCAUGAAGGAGCGAGGCAUUGCUGAGAAUGAGGCCUUUGACUGGGAGAAGGCAGGCACCGAUGCCCUCCUGUCCACGAGCACCUCCACCCCACCCCAACAGAACACCCGGCAGACAGCAGCCAUGUUUGGAGUGGUCAACGUGACGCCGGUGCCCGGGGACCUGCUGCGUGAGAACACUGAGGACGUACUACAGGGAGAGCACCUGAGCGACCAGGAGAACGCACCCCCCGUCCUGCCCGGGAGGCCUCCGGAUGGAUUGGGCCCUAGUCCGCACCUGGUCCCUCACCCCGGGGGGCCUGAGGCCGAAGUGUGGGAGGAGACAGAUGUCAACCGCAACAAACUGCGCAUCAACAUCGGCAAAACCCCCUGUGUGGAGGAAGAGCAGAGUCGAGGAGUAGGGGUCCCCAGCUCCCCGGUGCGUGCCCCCGCAGACUCCCCAACUACUCCAGUACGGUCCCUACGCUACCGGAGGGUCAACAGCCCAGAGUCGGAGAGGCUGUCUACAGCGGCUGAUGGCCGGGUAGAGCUGCAUGAGAGGAGGUCGAGGAUGGAUCUGCCUGGCUCACCCUCCCGCCAGGCCUGCUCCUCACAGCCAGCUCAGAUGUUGUCAGUGGACACAGGCCAUGUUGACAGGCAGGCGAGUGGCCGCAUGGAUGUAUCUGCCUCGGUGGAGCAGGAGGCCUUGAGCAACGCCUUCCGCUCCGUGCCGCUGGCUGAGGAGGAAGACUUUGACAGCAAGGAAUGGGUCAUUAUCGACAAGGAGACCGAGCUCAAGGACUUCCCUCCUGGGGCUGAGCCUAGCACGUCAGGCACCACGGAUGAAGAGCCUGAGGAGCUGCGGCCUUUGCCUGAGGAGGGCGAGGAAAGGAGGCGCCUGGGGACAGAGCCCGCUGUCAGGCCCCGUGGACGGGGCAUGCAGACGCUGGCAGAGGAGGAUCUGCGGCAGAUGCUGCCUCAGCCGGCACCACCUCAGCUGAGCCAGGCUGAUGGCCGGUCAGAGACAUCACAGCCACCCACACCUGGCAGCCCUUCCCACUCGCCCCUGCACUCGGGACCCCGCCCUCGACGGAGAGAGUCGGACCCCACGGGCCCUCAGAGACAGGUGUUCUCUGUGGCGCCCUCGUUUGAGGUGAAUGGCCUUUCGAGAGCUGUGCCUCUGGGCUUGCCCUACCAGGACUUCAAGAGAGAUCUCUCCGACUACCGAGAACGGGCCCGGCUGCUCAACAGGGUCCGGAGGGUGGGCUUCUCCCACAUGCUGCUCACCAGCUCGCAGGCGCCUCUGGCUCCUUUUCAGCCUCAGGCCAACGGGAAGGAGGGAGAAGAGGAGGAGGAGGAGGAGGGGGAGGAAGAAGAGGAGGAGGAAGAGGAAGAAGAGGAGGAGGAAGAGGAAGACGAGGAGGAGGAGGAGGAGGCAGGGGCCCUUGGGGAGGUGCUGGGGCCUCGAAGUGGCUCCAGCAGCGAGGGGAGCGAGAGGAGCACUGAGCGCAGCCAGGAGGGUGCCCCAUCCACACUGCUGGCUGAUGAUCAGAAAGAGGCCAGGGGCCGGGCCUCCAUGGCUGACGGGGACCUAGAGCCUGAGGAGGGCUCCAAAACGCUGGUGCUCGUCUCUCCUGGUGACAUGAAGAAGUCGCCAGUCACUGCCGAACUGGCCCCUGACCCUGAUCUGGGCACCUUGGCUGCACUUACCCCGCAGCACGAGCGGCCCCAGCCUACUGGAAGCCAGCUGGAUGUAUCAGAGCCGGGCACACUGUCCUCCAUCCUCAAGUCAGAACCCAAGCCCUCAGGACCUGGAGCAGGGCCUGGGGUUGGGCUGGUGGCCCCUGGGGCCGGGGUCAUAGCUGUCACCUCCUCACCCUUCACCAAAGUCGAGAGGACCUUUGUUCACAUUGCAGAGAAAUCCCACCUCAAUGUCAUGUCUUCCGGAGGACAGGCCUCCAGGCCAGAGGAGCUGAGUGCUGGGGGCGAGCUGGGCCUGGAGAUGCUUUCUGAGGGAGGCAUCGCAGAGCAGGGGCCCCCACUGCCUCUGGAGAAUGGCGUGGCUUUGUCAGGGCUGGAUGGGACUGAAAUGGAAAGUUGUGCCCUGUCAGGCCCUCCUGGGGAAACACCCUCAGAAGUGGUCACAGACUUAUUACCCCAAGGCCCAGCCCUUGCUGAUGGGCCAGUCCCAGCAUCCCCACUGGAGCCCAUUGCCAAGAAAGGGACUGCCGUCUCUCCCAGCCGCCAUGCCCUGCCGGGUUCUCGCCCCAGGAGCCGUAUUCCUGUCUUGUUGUCUGAAGAGGAUACAGGCUCAGAGCCUUCAGGCUCACUGUCGGCCAAAGAGCGGUGGAGCAAGAGGGCGAGGCCACAGCAGGACCUGGCUCGGCUUGUGAUGGAGAAGAGGCAGGGGCGCCUGCUGCUGCGGCUGGCCUCAGGAGCCUCUUCCUCUUCCAGCGAGGAGCAGCGCCGGGCCUCUGAGACACUCUCAGGCACAGGCUCUGAGGAGGACGCACCUGCCUCCGAGCCCACGGCAGCCUUGCCCAGGCGGGCAUCAACCACCCGGAGCAGGAUUCCCCGCCCCAUCAGUGUGUCCACAUCCACAGAGAGCCAGCAGCUUCCCGGCAGACCUCAAGGUGCGGCCUCGUCUGACACGGCCAUCACCAGCAGGCUCCAGCUGCAGAAGCCCUCAGGGUCGGCCACUGCUGUUGACCUCCGUCCCAAAAAGUCCACCAGCCGGGGUCCAGGUCGCGCCCAAGUCUCCAGGCCUGCAGCGCCGCCCCGCAGCUCCGGCCUCCCCGCCUCCACCGCGCGCCACCCCGGCGGGUCCUCGCGGAGCCAGUCCCUGUCCCGCAAAGAGAGCUCCUCCCCCUCGCAUCAAGCCCGGACCGGUGUCCUCCCACCCCGGGGGGUCCUCCAAGCUAGAUCUCAGCCCGAGGUCUCCCCGGGGGGCCCCAAGAAAGGACCCAAAGGGAAACAACUGCAGACUCAGCGCGCAGCAGCCAAAGGCCGGGCGGCGGUCUCGGAGGGCCGGCUCGGGACCAGAUAAUGGCACCCGCCCGCGGCUCUCUGCGGCACCCCCUACCCUCGCCCCGGUCCCCACCCGCAGCCGGCCACACUGGAACAGCUCCCAGCACAGCCUUACGCGCCCGCGCGCCACCGCGGCCCUCGCUUCCCGCCUGCACUCACCAGGACGCACGAGAGCACACGUUGUGCCCAGCAGCCAAGCCAACCCACUGACCCAGGAGGGUGCGUGUCUCGGGUCCUCUCUCGGCGUCCUCCCUCCCUCCUGCCUCCCCUCUGCAGGAACGGGCUCACAGCACAUCCUUUGCCCCGGGAAGGCUCAGUCACUUACACCACCGCCACCGAAGACUCCGCUUCCGGAGCCAGUCCCCCUUCACGCACCAGAUCUUGCCUGAUCUCUAGCCCCUCCCACCCAAGGGCCUUACACUUGCUUAACACCUCGAGCGGCCCACCUUGUCCUCAUUCCCGUCUUGCAGCCAACCCCCCCCCCCCAAACUUACCCAACAGGAGAAAACAGCCUCAAAUUCCAGAUUUGUGCAGGCUCUGGCCUGCCCAGUCUCCUAGGAGCCGUGGUGGCAAUAGAAGGCCAAGCUGGGAUCGGGGAAGUGGGACCCAGGGAUCAUUGGUCUAUUUAGGCUGAAGGGAUAUCUCUGGCCUUGGUAAAGUCAGUUCUAUGAGGUACAGAGAAUGGGAUUCUUCGCGCCCUGUGUCUCUGGGGAACAGAAAUCCCUUUCCUGAACAGGAAUGAGCUGGGCCUCUGGAAGCUAAGCUUUCCUGGGCAAGUGUUCGGUAGAGGGAAUUUGGGCUGGGGCUUUAAAACGGCUACUCACUUCUCUGGUCCUCUGGCCUAGUACUCAGGACCUGUUACCAUCAGGAAUUCCUUCCUGCUCUCUAACCUCAAUCCUGCAUACUGCAGUUCCAGCCAGCUCUCCUCUCUCUGUGAGUUCCUCACAGGUGGGGAGAGGCUGGUUAUCACCUUUCUGUGUGUUGCUCAUUUGGGGGUUCAGGGACUGUGCCCUGGCCCUUGUCAUCCUACCUUGCCAUCUCUGCUGUGGGAAGAGGCUGGCUCAGGCACCCCCCCCCAACCCCAAGUGGGCAGAGGAAGCAGGAUGAGGCAGGCUGGGCUCCCUGAGGCGGAAGGCCCAUCUCACUUUAGGUUGUACACCAUGCCAGCUGGUGCCCUCCCUCACCCCACCCCAGGUCACCCUGGGCCCCUCUUGCUCUGACACAGCCCACACAUGCUGAGCUGCUCUGUGCCUGGCACGGGGCCUCUUCCUCCUCGUUCUCCUCCUCCUCCUCUGGAGUUCUGGCUUCUGCAUAGCUCGCCCACCUCAUCAGGAGCCUCAGCUGCUAACAUCUAGGGCAAGCAGCGUCCUGGCUACAGAAGGGGCAGGCACUUCCCACAGGCCUCCUAGAAAGCACUGGCAGCCUCCAUCCCCUCUUCUGGCCCCUGGCCCCUCCCCUGAGCCACAGAGGGCAAACGAGACCUUCAGAUGAAGGAAGGCCUCAUGUGCCAGCGGUCCCGCCAAAACUACACCCAUGAUGACUGGCUGGGAGCGGCUCAGUGCCAGCUAAACUCCUCAUGGAGAGCCAGCAGGUCUGGGCAGUUGCUUCCAUGCCAAGAAGGCAGCUCUACAGACCAGCCAGGGGAGGACACCAGGGUAGAUAGCCUUUGAGGUCUGUCCCACUUGGACCCAGACGCUCCCAGAACACUCAGGAAACCUCUCUGGAUUCAGUUAUCUUUGUCACCCCCAAGGCCCUCAAGUCACCCCCCUAGCCUAGCAGACGGGUGGAGGGUUCAAUUCCUCCCACCCGGAGCUUUUAUGAAUGACAAUCAGCUCAUGCCAGGUGGGGACCAGGGUGUGACCCCAGUGCCUGGGGCCCUGGGCCUGCUCCUUGCCACCAACCGAACUGUGAAUGUAGGCCUUUUCAGUCUCACUUCUGCCAUAAGGACCAACACCACCCUAAUCUGGAGAUGGGAGGAAGGGGAGGCCUGAGAAAGCCCCAGGCUCACCCGACCCCCAGCUCCCCCCAGUGCUUGAGCAAGAUGCAAAACCUAAUCUACUCUUGGGAUUCCAGACCUCCACAGGGCUCCAACUGACCUCAGGCCUCUGAGUCAAUAAAGUCAUCAGGCUAGGAGGAAUUAGGGACAGAGGGCCAGUAGAGGUGGGUGCUGAGGGGAAGGAAGCAGGGCAUUGGGAGCCACACCUCCCCAUGCUCCCACCCCCACCCCCGAGCUGCAGCCUUUCCCGAGACUCAUCCCCUGCGCUAGGCCCCUGAGGUUCCUCUUCCAGAAGCACCAUCACCCCUCAUGUCCCCAUCCUGACUGCCCUUGUCACUAGCUCAGAAGUGGGGUGUGCUCACCUUAAUGCGCCUUCUCCCUCGCCAGCCGUACCAUGUGCAGAGGGGCGCAGGAGAAGGGCCCUGCCCCAGGCACAUGGCCCUCUGGCUUCCCAGCUCCGCCCGAGGGGCCUGGCUUGCCCAGUCUUGUGAGCCCCUUGGGCAGGCGUUUCUGGGACAGGGAGUUGCCCUCGCCCUCCUUGGGAAGCAGCAGAAGAAUGUUUACAUGCCAAACAGAAUGUAACAACCCUUGCCCACCCCAUCCCAGUCACUGCAUGGCCUCUGCCCACCCUGUGGCCCGCCCACUCCCGUGACACCAACACCUUGCAAGACGCUGUCACAACUAGAUGGGGUCUCAGAAGGGAAGUGGCCAUCACACCAUUAAAAAGCCUGUGGACCUUUC